AUUUAAGGCGUGCAGAGCGUGCCCGCAGCUAAGAAAGUGACCGCUGUGGGUCUAUGGCGGUUCCUAACCACCUCAGAGGGGAUUUUUACUUUGGUGUUUUGAGAGCAAAACCCGCAGAGCAUCGAUUGAGCGCGCGACAAUAUCGCCACGUAGAGACGCGCUACCGGCGUGCGCGGCAGGAGGUCUCAAGCAACCUCUGCGCAACACAAUCUCAAACUCUCAAGGCACGGCGGUACGCCUGCAGCGAGGACAAAGGACAGCACCUGCAGGCCUUCCGCCAGCAUGCGUCGCACGGCGCGGCACCUGGGCCGCGCCGUCAGCCUCAAAGGCCGCGCCCGACCACCCGCGCAAAUCCGUGCGGCCUCGGCGCUCUCGGCCUACGCGCACGACCGGCGCCGUACAGCCACGCUCACCGUCCGCCGGAGGGACCACUCGCACAGCCACGGCCACGUGCCCGAGGGCGACCCCGACUACGAGGUCACCUUCCGGAUACGGAAGACCGGCGAAACCAAAACCGUGCCGGCCUACGAAGGUGAUAACCUAUUGCGAUUAGCCCAAAGGCACGACAUCCCGCUCGAGGGCGCGUGCGAGGGCGUGACGGCCUGCUCGACGUGCCACGUCGUGCUGACGGACGACUUCUUCGAUCAGUUGGAGGACGACGGCGACCACGCGGACGACCGUGAGGAGGACAUGCUCGACCAGGCGUUUGGAUUGGAGCCGACGUCGCGGCUCGGCUGCCAGCUGCGCGUCGACGCGCGCUUCGACGGCCAGGUCGUCGAGCUGCCCGAGGCGACGCGGAACUUUUAUGUCGACGGCCACGUGCCGCAGCCGCACUAGCACGCUGUCGAGCGCCCCACUUAUGUUUGUAACUUGAAUGUUUAUGCU